AUGGAACAAGAUGUCAUAAAUUUGAAAAACCAUACUACUCGAUAUAAAGUACUGAAAGAUGAAGAGAUAAAACAAAAAGCCCUGAAGACAUAUAUGGAUAGCGAUGAGUAUAAAAAAGAAGUUGAAGCAAAUGUAAAGGCAGAAAAACUUUUACAGUUGCAAAACCAAACCGUACAGUAUGAAAACUUAGCACAAGAAAGUAAAAAUAACGACGCGGCUAUGCAAAAGGCAAUGAAAAGCGCAGAAUAUAUAAAAGCUAACAAUGACUGGUUAGAUGCCCAAGCCAACGCUAAAGCAGCCCAACUUAUAGGGUCAAUAAGGACAAAAAUACAAGCGGAUGAAGACAGUUCAAAUGAAGCUUUAAUGAAUGCUGACUUUAAGAACGCCUUCGAAGCUCUUCAUAGUAAGGUGAAACAAGUGAACGACUUCUCAUCUGGAAAGAAACUGAAGUCUGAAGGUUUCGACAAAGAGUUAAGAGAAGUAGCACAAAAUAUGACGAAAAUAACAGAUGCAGCAACGAGACAGGCAGUUCAAAGUGCCUAUGACGCCGUUAGAGCAACUGUUGUGAAAAGUCAAGAAAAAGAGUUACAACAGACCAAAACAGACCUAGUAAAUGCUUUCUUAAAAACGAAAAGUCAGGUAGGACACUAUGCUGCAGAUGGAACAUAUGUGCCAGCUGGUGGAACUUAUAUACCACCAAACCCUCCAAGAGAAGCACCUGCACCAGGACUACCUAAAACAUUUACAUCGUCACAUGGACAUAGACACAGGCAUGCACCAAAACCAACACAACAACCAACAGUUCAAAAUCCAACACAACAACCACCUCCACAACCAGCACAACAACAACAACAACCAGCACAGCAACCACCUCCACAACCAGCACAACAACCACAAACAGAGCAAGGACAUAAAAGAAGUAGAGAACAAGGAAACCAAGAAUUCUUAAAAAUGCUUAAAGAAGAGUGUGGUUUCCCAGAUACUAUUGACUUUAGUGACAGAUAUAAAGAAGCUAUUGGAAA